AUGGAACGUAUCAAAUGCGAAUUCGAGUCGUAUUUGAUCAGCGCUAUACAACUCGAGUCCGCAUCAACGAUGAGUGAAACGGUUCGCUCGGCAACCCAAACCGAAGCAAAUUUGAUCGAAAACACAUUGUUUAACGGCAACUCAACAUUUACAACGCAAAAAAUCUCUCCAAAUACCAAACAGCGCUAUGAGGUUUCAGUCAAAUGGUCGAAAGUGUUCAUUGAUAAAAUCGGUUCGUCCAUUGUGAGNGCGCUAUACAACUCGAGUCCGCAUCAACGAUGA